AUGGGCGCGGAUACAACUUACAAUAUUACCUAUUCUAUCACUGCUCAUUGGAUGUAUAGGACUAAUUGGAAAUUGUUUGAAUUUCUAGUUCUUCACGUUUAUCCUACAUCACAGGUCACAUUUGGAGGUGAAUGCACAGCACGCGUAAAUUUAUUAGGUUUGGCACUGGCUGACUUUCUUGUUUGUCUGGCAUCUCUACCACUGGCGUAUGUCCAGAGGCGUCAUACAAAUCAUAAUUUCAUGCUCUACUAUACCAUAUAUGGACCUGGUCUUGUAACAUAUUUCCUCACAGUCAGCGUGUGGAUGGUAUUACUUAUGAGUAUUGUACGGUAUCUUGUAGUAUGCCGACCAUUAGCGUCACGUGCAUGUCUUACAUCACGUCAUAUGCUGUACAUUAUUGCUCUGCUGUAUGCACUAGCAUUACUUUUCCAUAUACCAUCAUUUUUAGCUCAUACGUAUAGAGAAGAUAAAGCUUCACAAAGACGCGCAUACAAUUCUAGCAAUCAACAAUUAGUGCGAAAUCAGACUCAGCAGAAAAACACUUCAACGACUGCAAACAGUGCCAAUUUUGAGAAUUUGAAAACACUACCUCAGUGA